AUGUUUCUCGAAAUCGACACUUCCCUCUUCAGCUCGCCCGAGUUCAUCGCCAUCCUCGGCGCGGCCGGCGCCCUUGCAUUCAUCGCCCGCUCGACGCUUUCUUGGUACAACAACCCGAGUCGACUUCUACCUGGCCCAAAGAACCAGUCCUGGCUUUAUGGCUCCAUGCGCAGUAUGCCCGACGCCGCGGCCGUGCAUCUGCAGAUGGAAUGGCUCCGAGAGUACGGUUCCACGUUCAGGUUCUUUGGCCUUCUCAGUCAACCGAUGAUCUUGACAACGGACGUCACGGCACUCAGGCAUAUUCUUAACAACGUCCAUUUGUACCAGAAGUCGCCGUAUGUUCGGCGUCAGCUGGGCGAGAUCUUGGGCAACGGACUUCUCGCUGUUGAGGGUGAGGCCCAUAAACGUCAACGCCGUGUCGUGAAUCCCGCCUUCGGCCCCCUUCAGAUCAAGCGCUUCGCGACCCUCUUCAUAGAGAAGUCCAAUGAGAUGGUAUCGAUGUGGUCUGACCUCUGCUCCAACACCUCCCGCAAAGACGGCUUUGUGCGUCUCGACGCCUUUGCGUGGCUCAAUAAGGUCACUCUCGAUAUCAUGGGCAUCGCCGGCUUCGGAUACGCGAUCGACUCGAUGCAUGCGCCAGACAAUCAUCCGAACGAGCUGAACGAGGCGGUGCGCGUUAUUGCGAGCGCUGAGCUUGAUGCUGCGACUAUCAUACAGCUUACUAUCCCUGCGCUGGGCUCGCUGCCUACUACACGCGUCCGCGCCACGCGCAAUGCGAAUGCCACGAUUCGCGAGAUCGGCAUGAAGCUCGUUCAGGAGAAGAAAACUGCCGUUCUCGCGGCGGCAGGCGGCGACGAAGCGCACGGCCUCGAGAAGAAGCACUUCGCGGGAAACGAUCUCCUGUCGCUGCUUAUACGCGCGAAUAUGUCAAGUGAUGUGCCGCAGCAUGCGAGGUUGACGGAUGAAGACAUUCUCGCGCAGGUCCCCACCGUGCUCGUUGCCGGACAUGAGACCACGAGCACGUCUGUGGCGUGGACCCUCUUAGCUCUGGCCACCAACCAACGUGUCCAGAACAAACUCCGCGACGAGAUCUUCACGCACGACACCUCCACCCCAUCAGAAUCUGAGCUCAAUAGUCUCACCUACCUCGAAUGGGUCGUUCGUGAAGCCAUGCGCAUUCACGCGCCUAUCUUCUCGUCUGAGAGGGUUGCGAUGCAAGACGAUGUUGUGCCGCUCAGGGAGCCGUACGUUGAUAGAAGCGGUGCGGUGAGGCACGAGAUCCACGUGCGCAAAGGCGAUAUCUUCUCCAUCCCGGUGAACAUCUUGAACCGCUCUCCUGAGGUAUGGGGCGAGGACGCGCACGAGUUUCGGCCUGAAAGGUGGGAGCAUAUCCCCGACGCCGUCAAGGACAUCCCCGGUGUCUGGAGCAACAUGCUCACAUUCAUGGCCGGCCCGCACUCAUGCCCUGGAUUCCGCUUCAACAUCGUCGAGAUGAAGGCGCUUCUCUUCGCGAUCAUACGCGCAUUCGAGGUCGAGAUGGCCCUCCCAGCGGCGGACAUUGUGCCGAAGACGAUGAUUGUUACACGUCCUGCGCUCAUGAGCAACCCCGAGGCUGGGCCACAACUGCCUCUGCUCAUCCGCCCUGUUCGUGUCUAG